UCUCCUGCUCGCCCACCGCGGCGACCGCGACGUUAGCGGCCACCCUCGGGGCAGGACAGGCCCUACGUCUCGGCCGCCGCCGCCCGUCCGGCGCGGAGACGUUCGUUCUUUCCCCCCCUCGCCCCGCCCACUCGCUCCCCCUCGACGGAAACGACAGCUGCGGCGGCGGGGCUGGCGCCGCCUCCCUCCACCUACCACGUCUGCCCCCGCCGCUCCCGCCCGGCGCCCCAGCCCGGCCACGGCGCCUCCGCCUCCCGGCUAGGUCAGCCGGCAGCUCCGCCCGGCUGCCGCCCAGGAUGAACAUCAUGGACUUCAAUGUGAAGAAGUUGGCGGCUGACGCGGGCACCUUCCUCAGCCGUGCUGUACAGUUCACAGAAGAAAAGCUUGGCCAAGCAGAGAAGACAGAAUUGGAUGCUCACUUAGAGAACCUCCUUAGCAAAGCUGAAUGUACCAAAACAUGGACAGAAAAAAUACUGAAACAAACUGAAGUAUUACUGCAGCCAAAUCCAAAUGCCAGGAUAGAGGAAUUUGUUUAUGAGAAGCUGGAUAGAAAAGCUCCAAGUCGCAUAAAUAACCCAGAACUUUUGGGGCAAUAUAUGAUCGAUGCAGGGACUGAGUUUGGCCCAGGAACAGCUUAUGGUAAUGCUCUUAUUAAAUGUGGAGAAACACAAAAACGAAUUGGAACUGCAGACAGAGAGCUAAUUCAAACAUCAGCCUUAAAUUUUCUAACUCCUUUAAGAAACUUUAUAGAAGGAGACUACAAAACAAUUGCUAAAGAAAGGAAACUACUACAAAAUAAGAGACUGGAUUUGGAUGCUGCAAAAACCAGACUAAAAAAGGCAAAAGCUGCAGAAACUAGAGCUUCACAAGUAAACUCAGCUCGCCUUGAAGGAGAUAACAUUAUGGUAAAUUUCUCUUACAUGCUCAACUUCCUGCAUGUAAAAUGGCUGAAGUCUGAACAGGAAUUAAGAAUAACUCAAAGUGAAUUUGAUCGUCAGGCAGAGAUUACCAGACUUCUCCUAGAGGGGAUCAGCAGUACACACGCCCAUCACCUCCGCUGUCUGAAUGACUUUGUUGAAGCCCAGAUGACUUACUAUGCACAAUGUUACCAGUACAUGUUAGACCUCCAGAAACAACUGGGAAGUUUUCCAUCCAAUUAUCAUUGUAACAACAAUCAGACUUCCAUGGCACCUGUACCAUCUGCUUCAUCGAAUGUGAGUUCUCCUGCCUUGACUUCAACAAGUGGCCUAGUAAUGACCUCUCCUUCCAACCUUAUUGACCACAAAGAGUGCAGUGGCAGCAGGAAGGCCAGGGUUUUGUACGAUUAUGAUGCUGCAAACAGUAGUGAAUUAUCACUUCUGGCAGAUGAGGUGAUCACUGUGUUCAGUGUCGUUGGAAUGGACUCAGACUGGCUCAUGGGGGAGAGGGGCAAUCAGAAGGGCAGAGUGCCAAUUACCUACUUAGAACUGCUCAAUUAAACAGGUGGGCUGUGGAGAGAGCGUCCAUCAUGACGCCGUAUUUAUAUACAGUUAACUCUAAAUAAGGCAGGGUGAGCAUCUUCCAUGUUAAUGUCUUAAGAGACUGAAAACAAAAUACCAGCCAUCAGAAACCAGCCUUUCUGCCAAUAAAAUUGCAUGGUAAAUAUUUCAUUACAGAAUUUAUGUUAGCGCUUUCAUGCUAAGAAUGUUUUCUUACAAAAUUCUUUCUACUGAGGUUUCACUAAUAAGUACUACUUUUGAGCCCCAACUUACAGCAGAAAAACUUUUCUACUGAAUUUUUCAUUAAUAGCAAGCUUUUUCUUUUAUGUAAAAUAAAUUUAUUGUGAAGUGAUGUCAGUGACUCAUUUAUUAGGUACAAUUAAUAGCCAAAGAAUAAAAAUUUGUUUUUAACUGUUGAUUUAAAAAGAGCUCUAAAAUAUAAAUCCCUUUUGUGAAAAUAUGUUUUUAAUGUUUCCAUAAACAAAUGCAGUUAUACCAUGUAUACCUUGUUUUCCAACGGAAAUUGAAUUAUUUCAAUACUGUAUUUCGAUGGGUUAUAGGGGGGCAUUGUUUUAUUUAACACUACGGAUUGGUUUCUUUUAAAGUUAAGAACUAGUCCUUGAAAAGCAUUACUAUUUCUCUCUGGUAUAUUUGCAGUUAAGGUUCUAAAACAUCUGGAACAAGCUCAGUUCACAAUAUUUUUAAGAUUGUUCAGUUGGAACAAUUUAAUGCAUAAUCAGAAUUGCAUUCAUUAAGAACGUACUGCAGUACAGUAAAGAGAAUUGUUCUAAUGGACAAAUCUUUAUAAAAAUAUGGAUUAGUGCAUCUGCAUUUAUCAUAGAGUAAAUUAUAUACAAACAACACACUUUUGGUUACUCUGAGCCUAAUAAAAUUUUGAAAAUUUAUUAAUGAACUUAGGUUAUCUUGAUCAGGCUUUCUAGUUAUGAAAUACACACUAAUAAGUGAUUAGUGACAACUUGGCAUGAGAAAGUUGCUAUUUGGACCAUUGCUAUGAAUCAGCACAUUGUUUCCAUGUUAGGACUUCUGUCUUGCUCAUCCAUUCAUUCAAGCAUUUUUGAGGGCCAGUCACUAAGCUGAUCAACUGGGGAUACUACCCUGAACAAGAUACACAUAGUCCUCCCUGCACACCUUAAAGGCCAGUGGAGGUUACAAAAAAAUAAGCAUUUGUCAUAUAACAGAAUCAGCGUUGUGAUAGAAGAAAUCGAGGGUACUGUGUUUGGGAGUUACGUGAUUCAGAUUUGGGAGUGAGAGAUGGUUUGGAAAAGAUGGUUUCAGACAUGGGGAAAAAGAUGUACCAGACCUGGAGCCAAAAGAGCGUAGCUCAUUCUGACAACUAAACGUAGUUCAGCCUGGCUUGCAUAUGAAGUGCAAAGGUGUAGUCCAUCUCUUCAGGAAAUGUUAAUACAUCAAAAUGAUCAUUGUUUUUGAUACUUUAAAAAAUGAAUACGUAACACAAAAGAAUGUUUUAAAAUAUGUUUAGGAGUUCCUAAUAACGUGGUAAACAUGUUGAUAAUUUAGUUCACAAUCCAAACGUUCGUUGUUUUUCUUUUAUUUUGGUGCUAUGAGACAAAUUCCUCUGCAAUUUUAUAGUUGCACAAGAUGCUUUGGUUCACACUGUGAAUUGCCGUACUCUUAACCCCAAAAGCUGCUCAAGCUGGUUAGUUAGCUAUAGAACCAAGUGAGCGAAGCUUUUUCCCCAGAAAGGAAGUUCUGCAGCCAGCCUAGAGUACCAUCUAUUAUGUGGUAUGAGUCCAGAUUUAGGCUUUAAAAGAUCAUACAAAAAAUCAGGUCAACUUAAAACAGCAACUAUAAAUUAGAUUUCUAGUAGAGUAGUAAAGGGGAAGAGUAUGGAUACCGGGAUGAAUUGGUUCUGGGCUCAAAUCCAGUCUUCCUCGCACUGUGCUCUUUGAGCUUCAACUCAUGACAUAUAAACUGCUGUCUCCUUAGUAAAAUAGGGAUAAUUAUUCCACUUGAAGGUUAUUGUGAGGUUUAUAUAGCAAAUGUUAUCUUGUAUGUUAGGUAAUUUUUAGGGAAAGCCUUGGCACAUAGUAGGAACAUUCUGAAACUCCGGCUUCCCCUUGUUAGCCUUUAUACCUUCCUGACCUACCGAGACUCUAGGCCGAAUUUAUGACUACCAGAGAUAUACCUCUUUGAUAUACGUGAUCUGUUUUCUUUAUCAACCCCCUUUAAAUCAGACUCAGAUCUAGGUUUAACCUUCCCACACUCCGUGUAAAUUUUUAUCAGAAACUUACGCUUUCCAUUAAGUGAAUAUUGAUUAUAGUAACAAUGUAUAGUAGCACCUAAUAAUGUUAAGAUUCAAAGGCUUCUUGUGCUUUUGUCAACAAACCUACCACAAUAUAUUGAUUUGUUCUUCUGUUUAUUCCUUUUUAAUGACAUGUUUUUUUGUUUGUUUUUUCUUUUCAUUGGUUGUUUGGGGGGGGGCGGUUAGUUUGGUUUUGGCUUAUUUUAUAAAGUCAUAGGUUUGAGUUUACUCAGGUAAGGGCCCUUAAAGAUUCUUAGGCGUGGAAAAGAGGCUUGGGAAGCCUAUUAAUUCAUGGUGCAAUUCAGAAUUAUUUAAAUAAGCUCUGUGCCCCUGAGCUUAGGUAUAGUAACUUAUGAAGGAUACACAUAUGAACAAAAUAAUAAACUUGGAAAUAGGCUCUUUUACAAAUAAAAAUGAUUGGCUUGUUUCUACAGUUGUCCUCAAAGUAACCUAAACUAAAAGGUCAUGGGUUAAAUCGUUUUUUAUGCUGCUAAUCAAAAGAACUCAUAUUGUAGGAGAUCAGGUCCUAGAAAUGGGAAUGUGCCUCAUUCUGAGUAACAUGAGAAACAAGAAAACUGAGGCCAGGGUCACUGGUGGGUUAGAGUCCGUCCUCAUAGUCCGCGGUCACCCUCCACCAGAACAAACGCAUAGAAUGUGAAUGGAGGAGCUGGUCUUGGGAGGACAUUUCUCAGAUAAACUGUGGGGAAGGUGAUGGGGUGCAAGACAAGCAACAGGUUGGUUUGCUGGAAGAGGCUUGGCUUAGCUCCAUGCUUUGACAGGAUUCCUCAAAAGUCUCUACCCUACCUCCCAAAUGCUGACAUUUUGAAAUACGUUGCCCUAAUAUGUAGCGCUUCAAGCCUGGGUGAGGAGCCAUAAUAGAUAGAUGGCUUUCCAAUUUGACCUACAGCCAGCUUUGCCUCAAUCCUGUCUCCAAAUGAGUAAGAGGCUCUUAUCUCAGAGAGACUCCACAGGGGAGGAGGGAGUUCCAGGAGCACACCCGCCCUUUCUCCCACAUGAGAAAGUCUACUCAACAGGGCACUGCUGCUCGGUGUGAGACCCCACCAUGGGCAAUAUCAGCAUCAUCUAGGAACUUAACACCAAUUCAUAUUUUCAAGUACUUUCUACCUUUAUGUGUACUGAUCUUUUGUCUUCAAGGGGCUAUAGAACUAGUGUUCUUCCAUGUAACAUUUUUAAAAAUAUUUUAAAAUCAAAACUGUCUUCUCUCUUUACUGUGUUCUAGCACUAAUCAAAAUUAUAGUUACUGUUGUAAUUUGUUUAGUAUAUAUGUCACUCUAAAAUGUAGGCUCACUGAGAGACUAAUUCUUUUCAGUUCAAUUCCCAGCUCAGCACAAGACCUCGCACAUAUAUGUCCUCAAUAAAUAUUUAUCGAAUAAAAGAAAAAUUCAAUUCCUAAAGCCUUAUCCAGGAUCUACUGAAUCAGACUCUGGGGGUAGGACCCAGCAAUCUGUUUACAAGCCAUUUGCGGGGUGGUCACACUAAAGGCAGAGAACCACUUCAGUAGAACAAAAUAUGCCUCUCACCUUCAGGCCUACUAUCUGACAUCACUUGAGAAAUUCCUGCCUUCUGGACCGGCACCAACAACAGUGCUGUCCUUAAUGCUCGGGGAGCCUUGCUGGGCUAGCUCACCAGUAGGUGUGACGGUGUAAGGUCCGCUUAGUUAAGGAAGGGAAACACUGCUGGAAAUGCCAGUACUUGGCUGUGGAGGGUUUCUAGGAAUGGAUUCCUUAGUCUGAAGAAGGGUAAGCACUACUACCAUCCACAUUUCCACUCAGCACUGUGACAAUUUGACAUCAAAGCACCCUGACAAGCCAUUAAAGUGGCAUCGGUCUAACGUGCACCCCUGUGCUCAGGCUGCUAAGCUCUGCUCUCUUUCCUAUUUCAAAGGAGGUUUUUUUAAAGAAUUGUUAAUGUUUUCUUAACAGUACAAGUCAUAGAUGUUAAAAAAGGAAAACAAAUGAAAAUAUUUAAAAGAUUAAAAUCACCUAUAAUACUGCCAUCCAGGGAGAACUGUUACUUAUAGGUGUAUAGCCCUCCAGACUCUUCUGCACGUUUAUAGACUUUUUUAAUGGGAUUAACUUGUACAUACUGUUUUGUAACUUUUCACUUGAAGAAUACCACAAGUAUCCUGCCGUGUCACAUGUAUUACUACAUCUUUUAUAAUGGCUGCAUGGUAUUCCAUCUUAUGUGCCACAUUUUAUUAAACUGUUGAUUUCUAGGUUGUUUCCAAUUUUUCAUUAAUAAACUGCUUUAAAGAA